GGUUAUCUAAACAUCGAUUUUCAUUCCAGCUCUAUCGCAAGCGAGUUACAGCAAAAAAUUUGCCAUGUAAAUUCAACACAAAAACAAGAGUGCAAUAUUUAAACAAUGUAAAAUGUGUUAAAACGGACAAACGUUAGCUGCGGAGCUCUGCCAUUAAGCCAUUAACGAAAAUCAUCAAACCCAAGCAAACAUCAAGAGUUGGGAGCCACUGGCAAAAGACGUCGCCAUGGAAUCCGCGGACGCACUCGUCGAGGAGCAGAAACUUAUGGCCGAGGCCAAGUACCGCACGUAUGUGACCAAUAUUGACAAGGCGCUGCGCAAUUUCGAGUACUCCAGCGAAUGGGCGGAUUUGAUAUCGGCCCUAGGAAAGCUUAGUAAGGCCAUAUCAAACAAUACGCAGUACCAGGUCAUUCCACGGCGACUGAAGAUAGCCAAGCGUCUGGCCCAAUGCAUGCAUCCCGCCCUGCCCUCCGGGGUGCAUCUCAAGGCCCUCGAGACCUACUCGGUGAUAUUCAGCAAAACAGGGCCGGAGCGUCUGGCCACGGAGUUUAUAUAUAGCGCUGGUUUGUUCCCGCUUCUUGGUUAUGCGGCAAUGAACGUACGACCCGCCUUGCUGGCCAUCUAUGAAACAUACUUUGUACCCCUGGGUGACAAACUGCGUCCGGCUCUAAGUGGUUUCCUUAAUGGUGUAUUACCUGGCUACGAUUGCGGACUAGAUCAUUUCGAGCGAAUAAGCGCUCUGCUCAAACAAGUGUGCAAUGCCGUCAAUCCCAUGCACUUUUACACCGUUCUCUGGGAGUCGGUGGCCAACAAUGCCGCUAUCCGUCUGCCGGCCAUCACCUAUCUGCUAGAGCACUUCAACAAGCGGUUGGAUAUGCAAGAGCAGAUCUACAUCAUGGGUCACAACAGGGAGAUUAUGAUGUCGGCGUUGUGUGUCUGCCUCAAUGAUUCGCUGAUCCUGGUGCAGCGCAAUACGCUGGAGUUCCUGUUGCUCGGCUUCCCCAUGCACACGGCGCUGCUGAAUGAGGAUGACUUGGUGAAACUCGUCACCAACGGGCUCAAUACCAUACUGCGUAGGGACAUGUCGCUGAAUAGGAGAUUGUUCAGCUGGCUCUUGGGCAGCGAGGUGGCCAAGAACUCGCCAACCUAUGACACCCUAUCGUUGGACACCUCAAAUGCCCCUCUGGAGGAGGAGCCUGAACCUUAUUUCGUUAAGCACUCGCGUCACAUUCUAAUCCGCGCUUUGAUCACCACCCUGCGAUUGAGUUUGGAGUGUGCUCCCAUGGACCUGAAGCCCUACAGGAUCAUGCUGUCACUACUGGACAAGGCGGAGAUCGGCAGUGCCGUACUGGAUUACGUGCUCCAUGACAUUAUACGGGCCAUGUACAUCUCUAGUGGGAAUGCGGAGGCUUUAAAAUCGGCCAACCUACUGUUCGCCACCUUUGACCCGGCUUACAUCUGGAGCUACAUGACCAAUAUGUUUGAGAAAGCCUGCCAGCAGGCGAACUCAGCUCAGGAGAAGUCACAAACAGGAGAAACCUCCGGAAAAUAUGCUUGCGAAGUGGGAUCCGGAGACCCCUGUGUGCUGGAGAUCUGCGUGCUGACCGAAUUCCUGCUGGAAACCGUUUCUCUGGAGAUGUACACGGAGACCACCAGGGUCUAUCUGCCCAAGGUAUUCCUGGCCAUCACCCAGCUGCUCUCUCUGCACAUGGAUCACGUGAGCAGCAACGAGAUCACAGCGUCGCUCAAACUUUGCAUGAAGAUCGUCUCGAGGGUUCAGCCCAUGAUAACAAGUCCCAUAAAACUGAACAAGCUGAUAGAGCAGGGCGGUGGGUCUUCGUCUGAUGAAAAAAUCACUGUAAAUUCGGCGAGUGAGAUUGGCAAAACGGAUGCCGGAGCUCAAGGCACUUCCCUAGAGAAGAGCAAGUCCGACUCGCGGCUUAAUCAGUUUGCUGAGAACUCGCUGCACGGCACGGAUCCAAAUGACGAAGAUCUCAUCCGGCGGUCGGCGUCCAAUCAGAGCGUGGGACGUCACAGUCCCAACAAGAAGAAGGCCAAGUCAAUUUCUCGACUCUCUGAGUUGGAUAAAGAUAUUAGCGCCUCCGAUACUGGGCAGCAGUCGUCAUCGGAUCUAGACACCCCGCGGAGCAUCAAGAAGCUCAAGGCCAAGGCCAAAGCUCCGUUUAUACGCAGCCCAAAAAAACAGCGGCCCAAGGAUAUUGUCCUUGUUCAACCAAACGCGCCAGCGGAAGUGGGAGAUGGCGUUAGCGCAGAAGAGCCAAAAAGCGCUCCGCCAGAUCAGUCGCCGCAGUUCCAGCUGGAUGAGGAGAGCCGGGCCACCCAACAGCGCGGAUUCUCCAUUCUGGAGAAGUGCAUCCGCCAGUACGAGAUCUUCUUCGAGGUUUACUUGGCCCGCAAGCUGUUGCACAUUGAAUCUGAAGCGAAAGAGUGCGGCGUGAAAGUUCAGCUGCAGCGAACCACUAGCACCUGUCACACAUCCAAUCUUUUUAUGGUGGAACAGGUGCUGGAGCACGAGUGUCCCGUAAGGGAGUCACAAAUCGAACGACUUUUUAACUUGCUCCGCGUGGACAUUGUGCCGCGUUCGAAGCAGCUGCAGCGCCUGCUCAAUAGAUCCUUGCCGCUGCCCGCCAGCGCCAGUGAGCUAAGCAGCGACAGCGAAGCGCAGGAGGAGAAGCAACAGAGCCUGCUCAUUGACGGGCAGACCCAGCGAAGUGUGCAGCAACUGGCCGAGCUCCAGUUGAGCCUCUCCCUGCGUGGAGCUAUUAAACUGGCGGCGACUCUGCUGGUGGAGAUGUCGACCUUUCCCAACUGCAAUAAACACAUUGUGUUGGACAAAAACGAACCUGAGCUGCCCAACUGGUUAAAGGUUCUGUGCCUGGUGGCGUGUUUUGCUCAAAGUGACAAGGAAUUGCAGGUGGCUUCCAUUACCACGCUCUUUGAUUUAAUAAGUCUACUGCGCUCCCAAAUCGAGCACACGACAAGUCCGGGAGUCACCUUCGUGGUAAUGCUACCGCUUCUAAAGUUUGGCCACGUCAGCUACAUGGAGCAGCACACUCGCGUCUUCCAACUGGUGAGCUCCAUUCUGUGGGAUUACCUUGGAGCCGCGGGCAUAGACCCUGCCCAGAUUGCAGCGCUACUCCAUCAGCUGCACAGCUGCCUGGAAAGCGGUUUGGUGGAAACGGUUAUUGGAAACCGAAUGCAGGCGCAGCAUUUGCUUCAAAUCCAGCCACAAUCCCGUACAGAAUUGAGCAGAACUGCUUUGCGCAGCUACCAAACUGAGCGGCUGGCGGAAGCUCAGCUUCUCUGCCCCACGGAAUCCACGGAGAGAUUGAGAGAGAGCCAGGCACGAAGCUUCAAGAAGUUCGAGCUGUUGUGGCAUCUGGGCAGAGACAAGCAGACCACGCGUGGAUUUGAGAAGACGCUGCUGAAAGUGUUGGACACCCUCGCAUUGCCACAUUACAUGUCCGAGCGUACUUUCGUGACCAAUUGGCUGCAGGCAUCCCUCCUCCGAGGAGAUCUCGCCCGCCUGACCAAGCCUCUCUACAAGAUCCUCCUCUCGGCAAGCUCCAAGCGCGUGGGAAUCGUCCACAUGCAACAGUUGUACCGCGAAGCGGAUGCCGAGGCAACGCCUGCUUUCGAGCGGGAUGUGUACGCCAUCAGUUCGGAGCAGGGCAAUGUCAAGUACCAUCACAUGGAGACGACCAGCGGGGGCAAGAAAAAGAGCCCGAUCAGGAACUUUCCCAAGAAGAUCUUUGGGGUCACAUUGAGUGGUGGGAAGGCCAACAAGGUGUCCAACUUUGUGAGCGACAAAUCAACUGUGGCCGCUUGCAAUGAGGCAGCACAGGAUGUGAACACCAUCGGCCUGAUCAUUAAUCCACUCGAGAAUGCAAACGAUUUUGACGACGAGACGGAUUUGGAAGAGCCCCGCAUCGAGAUUCCGCACAAGGAGACGCCGCUGGAGCAGAAACUGGCCAGCGCCAUGGACGAGAGCGAACAACCUUCGCAGGAGCAACCACCGAAUCCACCGGAUCAGAGUCAAUACGACCAGGACAUAACAGACCAUUCGGACAGCAGCGACUUCGAGUCGGACUCGGAGCUUCGCGAGACGAGCCUGGAGAAGGAGGAUAGCCUCACAGUCAGCUCGAGUGCUGGAGUCAGUGAUGAUGUUAAGCGUUUCGUCGGCGACUGUGAAAGUGUCACCGAGGCGUUGACCCAGCACGAAAAGAUCAAAAGCCGCAAGACCUAUCGCUUGACCAGGGAGAAAACCCCGGGAGAAUCCAGUCUCAACUCUCUGGAGCAGAAGGACCAGGAUCACCAGAGCAUCCCCGACCUGCAGGCAGAUGCUCUGCCAGCGGAUGAAUACUUUAGGGAAGACAAAAAGCUGGGCAAGCGGAAGAAACUCCUAACUGCUGGCGACAAAAAGCGACUCAGUUGUAUUUCCAAGACCUCCACGGACAGCAACCUCAGUGGCUCCCACGUGGAGCAAGCGGAGCAGGAGGAUGAAACAGAGCCUGGAACCGAAUCCACCAUUAAUGUGGAGGACAAGCGACGUAAUCUCAGUUUGGAGACCAGCAAACUUCAGCCUGAUAUGCAGAAGACCCUGGAGAAGGGUAAACAGAACGUGGAGAUCCUGCGGCAGAAUAAUGCAGCUGCAGCGGCGGCGGCGGCAGCAGAGGAGCAAGUCAGUCUGCGCAGCUCGGUGAAGAGCAGCGUUUCCCUGACGGAUGCCGCCCACCUGUACCACAACCACCUGUUGAUCUACUUGGCUAUUUACGACACACGUCAGACUUUGUAUGCUUUGCAGACGCUUCGCAAUAUAAUCUGCUGCGACCGCCGCACCUUCCUUUGCCUGUCGAUAACCACAUCCUUUUCGAGCUCCAGUCUGAAGCAGUUGCUCGUGCGUCAUCGCAAGAGCAUUUCCGGCAAAGGAUUCGAUGGCGGAGUGGGCAGCUCUGAGUACGCUCAGGGAUAUCGCGGCUGCAUGCAGCUGGAGCUACUGGUCACGCUCUGUUUGUUCUACGCCCGUGGAUACUUCCAGAAGGAAUCCCAGGACGCCCAGCGUCAGCCGCCUACGCUGCAGGAUAUUGUGAACAACCGGAGGAUCCAGCUGGAGAGCAUCGAACUGCUAACGCUGAUCUGCUCGGAGCUCAUUGAGAUCGUCAAAGGAAUGGGCAAAGGACUAGCCAACUAUAUCGCCGAUUUGUUGGCCCGCGCCAAGCUGCAGAAGGUGAUGCUGCACUGCCUCAACAGCUCAGUGUGCAGUUACGGCCGAAGAGCAAACUCCAACAGCGGGAGCUAUGCGGAGCAAGUGCUGAGCUUCAACGAUCCGCAGGAUGAUCAGUUGCAUGCGGACUGCUUCCAGCUCCAGUUGCUGCGUUUGCUGUUGGCCGUAAUCCGCCUGGAGCACGAGGUCCACCAGCUGCGGCAGGAUACGCCGCCUGCUGCUGGCGAGGACUCUGCCGGCAAUGCGUCGCCCACUCGCCUGGCGGAGGGAGCGGCAGCCAAUGUGAAGUAUCUACCCAAUUGUCUGAUCAGCCAACAGCCCAUGUUCCUAGCCGCCGUCUUGGGUGCACUGCAGCAGGAACGCCUGCGUCACCUGCACCGCAACUGGACGGAUUUGGUGACCUCCUCGCUCAACUGCUUCUCCUUCGGCUCACUCACGAAUAUUGUGAUCAGCGUGGUCCAUCAGCUGUGCAGUAAUCUGGAUCGGCUGGCCAAGAUGGGCCUCCCCCAGCAGCGACACUUCCCGCCGGACUAUGUGGUCUCCCAACUGGAGGCACUGACCAUCCUGUGCCACUACUGCUUGCUGGACAAUACGCAGCAGACGGCGCUCUCACACCUGUUCAAUCAAGCUUACCCGCAGACCAGCUCCUCGGCGCAGAGCUCCAGCACGGGUCAGUUGCUCAACAGCAUCGUACAUUCCUUCCUCUCGGCCAGCGAAUCAUCCACCUCGGCGCCGGCACCAAGGAACCCUCAACUGCAGGCGGCACGCAAUGCCGUCCUCUCGCAUCUCCCGCGGAUCAUGAGCAGCGUGGCUGCCAUUUGGGACAGCGAACUGGGUCAACUGCGCCCAGUGCGCCAGCAACUUCUGGAGUUCCUUUCGCCGGUGUCGCUGCAUCAUGGAUGCAACUUCUUGGCGGCCGUCGCUGUUACCUGGCAGCAGCGGGGAAUCCCCUCGAAUAUGAGUGGAUUAAGCAUCGCCGAGCAGUUCCAGAGGAAUUCCACGCUGCAGGCGUGUCCCGCGCAGCUCUCGCUGGUUUCCCUGGUCUCCAGCAUCCGGGUGAUGCCCAUGGACUCCUUCGUGAUGACGCUGCACCACGUAGUGCGCUCCCCGCCGCCAAUCCACCGGCCACCUGCCCAGCUCAGCAUCGAGGUGAGCUCCCUGGAGCUCUUCUACUUCUACAUGAAAUCGGCUCCUGCUCCCCAGUUAGCGGAUGCCUGGAGCUCACUGUUGGCACUCAUCCGGGAUGGCUUGAAUCUGACACCGCCGGCGCAGUUCGCUUUGCUGAUGCUCCUGAACGAGUUCGUCCAGCGUUGCCCGCAAAUGCCGUUCCAGGACAAGAAAGAAGUGCGGGAGCUGCACGAUGUGACUUCCCGCUUGGUGGAUUCUCUCUCCAGCGUGGCUGGAUCCUGCCUAGAGCAGACCACCUGGCUGCGUCGCAACCUGGCCGUAAAAGAAGAUACCGAUGGGCUGGCCAAGGAUAACAGCGUCGGAGGCGGCGGACUUCAGCAAUAUUCUCUGCAGGCACAGAGCGUACUGGCAGCCAUACUGUCCAAUCUACUGGACGUGGCAUACGGUUCCCAGGAGAAGGACAAGGUGGUCAACAUAGUGACGCCACUGCUGUACAACAUCACUCCCUACUUGAAGAACCACACGGCGCGGAAUGUUCCCUUUUUCUACGCCUGCUCCGCUCUGUUGGCCAGCUUGAGUGGCUAUCAGUACACGAGGAAGGCGUGGCGCAAGGACAUGUUGGACCUCUUGCUGGACAACGCCUUCUUCCAGAUGCACGUCUCCUGUCUGCCCUUCUGGCGCAUGAUCAUGGACAGCCUGAUGACAUACGACAAUACCACGUUCCGGGAGCUCAUGACCCGCGUCUCGCUUUCUCAAGCAGGCAGUCUGAACAUCUUCACUUCACGGGAUCAGGAGUACGAGCAGAGGGCCAUGCUGCUCAAACGGCUAGCGUUUGUCAUCUACUGCAGCGAGUUUGACCAGCACAACAAGUACAUGCCAGACAUCCAGGAGCAAUUGGCCAAUAGUCUGCGACUGGUUCCCAUGGGUCCUUCCGUGCAGGCCGCCGUUUUCCUGUGCUUCCGCGUGCUGCUCCUACGCAUGUCACCCGAUCACGUCACCUCGCUGUGGCCCAUAAUCAUUGCGGAAAUGGUGCAAGUGUUCCUCCAAAUGGAACAGGAACUCAAAUCGGAGAGUGAGGAAAGAAGCCAACAAAUGCGCAUGCCCUCAGGAAUUGAUGUAUCGUGGUCAUCGGCUUCUGGAGCGAGCAAUGGCUACAACUCGCAGACGCCGAUGCAACAUUGGCGAUCCGUACAGUUGGAAGCGUGUAAGCUGCUGGAACUGGGGUGCGUGCUGCCCGCCACCAAGCUGCCUCACUUCCAAAUGUAUCGAUGGGCCUUUGUGGGCACCGAGUUCGACGUGCACGAGGAGGAGGUUCGCCUGCCCAACGGAAGCCUAGAGAACUUGGCCACCUUGCCCACUGCGCUCUACGUGCCGCAUGUGAGGCGAGUGGCCAGGCUGAUGGACAUGAAGUACACCAGUCAGUCGCCGAUAUUGCAACGUCCCAGCAAUCGACACCUGAUGCUGCAUUUCCAGCAACUGCAAUCGCUACAGGAGCUGUACGCCUUCUUUACCACUUUGGGCAUCAGUUGCCCGCAGCCGCGCAACUUCGCCGACACGGAGAACGAUGUGGCCAACUGUUUGCAGGAGAUCGAGGAGGUGCUGGCCAACGAUUUCCUUGAGAAGCUGCCCAGCAUAACAACGCCAAGAUGAAAACCGGCCGUUGCCCACCGGCAGACACAGUCGCAGAUCCAAGCGAUUGGGUCGCAGUUCGAGCUCAAGCUGAACCUGAAUCUGAAUCUGGGUGUGGAGUCUGCCAUUGAGACGACGGGCAGUGCCGGCCAGGCAGCCCGCAUCCUGGCCGCCGUGCAGGCCAAGCUAACCAGCCAAAAUGCCGAGACGAGCUUCACGCAGACCCAAAUCACGAAUAACAGCAGCAACAAUAAGAAGACCAACUUUCCAUUUUAUGUCUAAGUAAGGAGGAGAUGAAUCCGGAUUCCGGAGACGAUGCCCCGAGUAUGAUAGCUAGCUAUAUAGAUAGAUGACUGCGACGCGCAUAUAAAAUGUCCGUAGUAGCGUGAUUGAUCGUUUUAAAUGUUGAGUGUUUAAAAACGCGGUAGCCCAAUAGCCAAAAGCGCCCUGUAUGUAUGUAUAUGUAACCAAUGUAUUUAACUGUUGAUAGUUGCUCCCGAAUCGAUGUGAAUAAAAGAUGUGUUUAACGACAAACUGCAAUUCAAAUAAA